CUAGCCGUGCUGGCGCUGGCGUUCGCUGUGAAAAGCCGUCGGACUCGGCCUUGAAAUGGAAGAAAUGGAAAGCACGGCGCAUCCGAGCGACUUCACCUCGUACCAGGGCGCCAGAUGACGUGCACCACAAAUGGCGACCGCCGCAGGAGUGAACGGCACCGUGGCACGGUUCCGCUUCGGCAUAAGGGACUUCUCAAGACUGAUGAAUCCCCGGCCGAUCGGGAACGAGCCGUACGUGCCGACGGAGCUGGAACACGUGGCCAACAUCAUCACGCACGCGCUGAGCAUCCUGCCCAGUUUCUUCGCUCUGAAGUUCUUGCUCCAGCGUGCCCACACCCCCGCGCACAUGACGGCCGCCGUGGUGUACGGAAUCGCCCUGGUCGUGCUGUUCGUCACCUCGUCGCUCUUUCACUCCGUGCACUUCCUCGGAAAGCUCAGGACCUUAAAAGUGAUCUUACACCGGUGCGACCGUGCUGCCAUCUACAUCUUCAUCGCGUCUGCCUACACACCCUGGCUGAUGCUACGCGAGUACAGCUCGUGGGGCCAAAAGCAGCUGUACGUGGUCUGGUUCCUCUGCCUACUAGGCAUCACCUACCAAAAUAUAUUUCACGAGAAGUACAAAACUCUCGAGGUGCUGAUCUACAUAGGCUCGGCCGUCUUCCCCGCUUCCGCUACAUUUUCGAUGCGACCUCUGACGGGCCUCAAGGAGCUGCUGUUCGGUGGCCUACUUUACUUCAUAGGCGUGGUGUUCUUCAAGUCCGACGGCAGAGUGCCGUUCGCGCACGCCAUCUGGCAUCUGUUCGUGAACGCGGCCACCCUGGUUCACUACCACGCUGUGUACCGGUACCUCUUCAGAUCGGGCCAGGUUGCCCAAGUUGCGGCGGCGGCGGUUGCCGCGGCGCACGAACACCAAGACUGAAAAAAAAAAUCUGGUGCCUCCGUCUGGCGGUGACCACCGGAAAGCGCGGCCACAGUCGCGGAGCUGCCCGGCGAAUCACUGUUAGGACAGGACACCCGGCCGUGUAGGCGACGCCAGCCCCCGUUCUUCUUCUCCUCGGCUUAAAGGUCUCGGUAGUUUUUGGCCACCAACUCAGUAGGAUCGGUAUUCUUGCAAAAUACAGCUUUUACACCAGGCAUGUCCUUGUCCAGGACAUAUCCCUGCCCACAGAGCUGUGGUCUCCUCUCGGGAUCAUGGGCUGAUAUUCUACCGAGGACUACAGCUCCUUGUGCAGGGCCAAGGCUUCCUGGGUCUGACUGUUGGCAAGAGUCGUUCCUGGCACUCACGUCGGUUCAGAAAAAUUCAUCUCUCGGGUUCCUCCUCCGGAAGGCAUCUUGUCAAGAAGGGAAGCGUUCGUCUUCGGCGACUACUGUUGAUCCAGAACCCAAGCAUUUACCUGCCGUAAAUGUUACUCCGUUGGGCCGAGGUAUUGUCUGGAGGUCUUGUCUAAGGCAGACUCUUGGUUUCCUUCAGAACCGGUCCUGAGAGAGUUAUUCGACCUCCAAAUUAUAUCCUGGUCAGGUUUGUCGUCUCACGUUCCUUCUGCCCGGGAAUAUCUCGCAUUCAAGAGGACUGACGUAAUGCCACCUGUGUAUCGGGUACUCU